AUGGCUUCCCCUGCCGGCAUUUCUGGGCACGACGGUGCCCGUGACCAGCUGCUGUCCCACCUGAGGCGCUUGGAUCCCUGGCAGCUGGAGGACUUCAAACUCGGCCUGCAGUGCCCGGAGCUGCUGCCGGAGGGCGCCCGCAGGAUCCCCUGGGCAGACCUGAGAGCCGCGGGCCCCGCCGACCUGCUCUGCCUGCUGGAGGAGCGCUUCCCCGGGAGGCGGACGUGGGAGGCGGCCCUCCGCGUCUUUGAGCACCUGCGGCUGAGCUCGCUGUGCGAGCGGCUGCGAGCAGAGCUGCACGAAAUGUCACAGGUGUGCAGACUCCAAGACCCAAACCAGGAAGAACCAGCGGCGCUGGAAGAGACAGCCCACAGAAGAAGAUACAGGGAGAGGCUGAGGACCCGGAUCCUGGCCCUGUGGGACCGCACGCCCUGGCCCGAGGACCACAUCUACCUGCGGGACGUGACGCAGCGGGAGCACGCGGAGCUGCGGGGCCUCCUGCAGGCGCCGGGGGCCGGGGCGCCGCCCCUCACCGUGCUGCUCGAGGGCGCAGCUGGCGUGGGCAAGACCACCCUGGCCACCAAGCUGGUGCUGCACUGGGCGGAGGGCGUCCUCUUCCGGGGCCGCUUCUCCUACGUUUUCUACAUCAGUGGCCACCGGCUGGCCGAGCUCGGCGACACCAGUUUCGCCGGCCUGCUGGCCCUGGACUGGCCGGACUCGCAGGUCCCUGUGGAAGAGUUCAGGGCGCACCCCGAGCGGCUGCUGUUCGUCAUCGACGGCGCGGAAGAGGUGAUCCUGGGCUCCGAUGGCUCCGCCAGCCGGCCCAGCGCCGACUGGUACCAGGAGCUCCCGGCGGCCAGCAUCCUGGUCCGCCUGCUGAAGAAGGAGCUGGUCCCUGAGGCGACCUUGCUCGUCACCGCCGGGCCCCCUGGGGGCCGCGCCCUCCGGAGGCUGCUGCUCAGCCCGUGCCACGUGGGCAUCCCGGGCUUCACCGAAGGGGACCGCCGGGAGUAUCUCAGGAGGUUCCUGGGGGACCCGGACGUGGCCGAGGAGGCCUGGCGCCGGAUGCGCGGGUCGGAGACCCUGGUCCGCUCGUGCGCCGCGCCGCUGGCGUGCUGGGCCGUGUGCGCCGGCCUCAAGCGGCAGCUGGCCGCCAGCCCGGCCUCGGCACCGGCACCGGCACCGGCACCGGCGCCGGGCGCGCCCACCCCCACCAGCCUCUACGCCCGCCUCUUCUGCAGCCUCCUCGAGGAGGCGGAGCCGGGUCUGCGGGCCGGCAGCUCGGCCGGACAGUGGAGGGCCUUCUGCUCGCUGGCCGCCGAGGGGCUGUGGCUGGCCACCUUCACCUUUGCGGGAAACGCCCUGGAGCGCCGGCGCCUGGAGGCCCCUUUCAUCGACGGUCUGCUGAGGCUGCAGAUUCUUCGAAGGGUCAGCGAUUGUGAGCACUGCGUGACGUUUGCCCACCGGAGCUUCCAGGAGUUCUUCGGGGCCUUGUUCUACGUGCUCCGGGGCUCCCGAGGCUCGCUGGGCGGGGUCCCCCGGCAUCAGGAGAUGAGGCGGUGGCUGAACCACGCCUUCGCCGACGCCAGCCCCUACUGGCGUCAGACGGUGCGCUUUUUCUUCGGCCUCUUAGGAACAGACCUGGCCGGGCAACUGGAAGAGGCCUUGGGUUGCCAGAUGUCGCCCGGGGCGGCGGGCGAGCUGUUGGACUGGGCGGAGGAGCUGGAGAGGUGCGGCGCCGUCUCGGCGCACUUUGACUUCCUUUGGCUCUUCCAGUGCCUGCAUGAGACCCAGGACGAAAACCUGGCCCGGCGGGUUUUGAAUCACCUCCCGGAGGCCGAUCUGGACAUUCAGGGCUGCGAACACCUCCGGGUCUCUUCCUUUUGCCUCAAGCACUGUCAGAAGUUACGAAAGCUGAGGCUCUCCGUCAGCGGCGUCCUGGAAAAGGAAAGGACGUCCGGCCUGGGAACUCCGGAGAUGAGGGCUGCCGAUUUCCGGAUGCAUCAGUGGGAGGAUAUUUGCUCGGUGUUUUGCAGCGGGAACCUGAGCGAGCUGGACCUGAGUAACAGCAAGCUUAGCGCUGCCUCCAUGAUGAGACUCUGUCUCAACCUGGGAAACCCACGGUGCAGACUUCAGAAACUGGCCUGGAAGUCCGUGUCCCCUGUGGAGGGUCUGAGGAAGCUUGGCCUUCUGCUUCACGGUAACCAGCACCUGACCCACCUGGACCUGAGCUCCAACAGCCUGGAUGCCGCCGUGUCCCCGGGUGUGUUCAGGAUGCUGGGGCACUCGGCCUGCAGCCUCAAGUAUCUGUGGUUGGAGUCCUGUGGCCUGAGCGCUGAGGUUUGCCAUCAGCUCUUCAUGGAACUCGGCAGGAACUCGAGUCUGAGCUUCCUCAGCCUUGCAGACAACGACCUCUCCCACGUUGAGCUGGAGAGACUGCGGGCGCCCCCUGGGACGGCCGCCUGUGCCCUGAAGGAGCUGUCGCUGGAGAAGGGGAACCUGUCGGCGGCCGCCUGUGGGGACUUGGCCUCACUUCUCACCAGCACCCCCCGCCUGACUCGACUGUGCCUGGGACUGAACCCGCUGGGAAACGAGGGCGCGCGGCUGCUGUGCGGCUCCCUGACUUGGCCAGCGUGCAUCCUGCAGAGACUGGAGCUCUGGUGUUGCCGGCUCGGUGCACUCAGCUGUAGGCACCUGUCGGACGCCCUCCUCCGGAGCCGGAGCCUGACGCACCUGAACCUGAGGAAGAACAACCUGGGAGAUGGAGGAGUGAAGCUUCUGUGCGCAGCCCUGGGCCGUGCUUACUGCGCCCUGCAGAGCCUGAACUUGUCACACUGUUUUCUCACGGUGGCGGGCUGUUGCGAGCUUGCUCACGCCCUCAAGCGCAAUGGUCACCUGAAGAUUCUGGACGUCGGGAACAAUGCCGUUCAGGACGAGGGGGUGAGGGAGCUGUGCAGUGUCCUGAAAAGUCCGAGUUGUGUGUUGCAGACACUUGGGUUGGAGAAAUGCAGUUUGACGGCCACCUGCUGCCGGCCACUGUCCUCUGUUCUCGGAAGCAGUAAAAGCCUGGAGAACCUGAACCUUUUAGGAAACGACCUGGGGCCGGACGGAGUCAGCAGACUGUGGAAGCCCUUGAGAAAGACGACGUGCAGGCUGCGGAAACUCGGGCUCGAAAAAGACUUGUGCUCUGUAGUGAGUGCCGAGUUGGAGAAACUGCAUGAGAAGGGGUGUUCUUUGCGAGUCACGUCUCAGUGGGACUUUAACGACCCUGAAGAGAGAUGGUGGUGGUGA